GGGGGCUGCUAGGGGGGCUCGCAGCCCUGCGCGGGCUGUUGAGGAAGGAGCGUCGGACCCGGCCGGGCUGCUGGGUGCGCUCCCAGUCCCGCUCUUGGCGCGGCCGGCAGUAGCCGGGAAGGCGGCGGCAGGGAGAGGCGAUCCUGCCAGCCCUGCAGCGGCCGGACCCCUCGUGGGCGGCGCUGGCUGCUGCUAUGUUUCAUUGCAUCCCCCUGUGGCGGUGCAACCGUCAUGUGGAGUCCAUCGAUAAGCGGCACUGCUCGCUGCUCUCGGUGCCCGAGGAGAUCUACCGCUACAGCCGCAGCCUGGAGGAGCUCCUGCUGGACGCCAAUCAGCUCCGCGAGCUGCCCAAGCCCUUUUUCCAGCUUGUAAAAUUACGGAAACUUGGACUCAGUGAUAAUGAAAUUCAACGGCUCCCUCCAGAAAUAGCAAACUUUAUGCAGCUGGUGGAACUUGAUUUGUCUCGAAAUGAGAUUCCUGAAAUUCCAGAAAGCAUCUCCUUUUGCAAAGCACUACAAGUAGCAGACUUCAGUGGGAACCCACUGACCAGGUUGCCUGAAAGCUUUCCUGAAUUACAGAAUCUAACGUGUCUUUCUGUAAAUGACAUCUCACUGCAGGCACUACCUGAAAACAUUGGGAACCUUUUUAACCUGGCCUCCUUGGAACUAAGAGAGAAUCUGCUGACAUACUUACCUGAAUCACUCACCCACCUGCAGAGACUAGAAGAACUUGAUUUAGGAAACAAUGAACUUUAUAACUUGCCAGAAACAAUUGGUGCACUUUUCAGUCUUAAAGAUCUCUGGCUGGAUGGAAACCAGUUAACUGAAAUACCUCAGGAAAUAGGAAAUCUGAAAAACCUGCUAUGUCUGGAUGUCUCUGAAAAUAAAUUGGAAAGACUUCCUGAAGAGAUCAGUGGUCUGACUUCCUUAACAGAUUUGCUCGUUUCUCAGAAUUUACUUGAGGUGCUACCUGAUGGUAUUGGAAAUUUGAAGAAGCUGUCUAUCUUGAAGGUUGAUCAGAACAAACUUGUUCAGUUGACAGAAGCAAUAGGAGACUGUGAAAGCCUUACUGAACUAGUUCUAACCGAAAACCAGCUGCUGAAAUUGCCGAAGAGCAUUGGAAAACUAAAGAAGCUGAACAAUUUGAAUGUCGACAGAAACAAAUUAAUGUCUUUGCCCAAAGAGAUUGGGGGGUGCUGCAGUCUUAAUGUCUUUUCUAUGCGUGACAACAGAUUAUCUCGAAUUCCCUCUGAGAUUUCACAAGCCACUGAACUGCAUGUCCUGGAUGUAGCUGGAAACAGGCUGAUACAUCUUCCUCUGUCGCUGACUUCCUUAAAGCUGAAGGCUUUGUGGUUGUCUGAUAACCAGUCCCAACCUUUGCUGAUGUUCCAGACUGACACAGAUCCUGAAACAGGAGAGAAAAUUUUAACAUGUGUGUUACUUCCUCAAAUGCCUUCUGAGCCCAGUUGCCAAGAUAACCUGCCCCGAUGCGGUGCAUUUGAGAGCUUGGUAAAUGAAAUGUCAGAUGAAACCUGGAAUGAGCGUGCAGUAAACAGAAUCAGUUCAAUCCGCUUUUUAGAAGAUGAAAAAGAUGAAGAGGAUAACGAAAUGAAAACACUUCUAAGGCGAGCCACUCCACAUCCUGGAGAGUUAAAGAACAUGAAAAAGACAGUGGAGAAUUUACGGAAUGAUAUGAAUGCUGCUAAAGGACUGGAUUCAAACAAAAACGAGGUCAAUAAUGCCAUUGACAGAGUGACCACUUCCGUGUAGAGUUUCAUCUCCAGGUUUUACCUCCUGUGUCUUCCCCUGCUGUUGAAAUGUUCCUGUCGUCUUCUGGGAUGUCAUUCAGCCCCCUUUGUUUUUAACCAGAACCUGAUUCAUCAUCUCCUUGUAUGUGGAAGGUGCUGAUCACUGGAAGAAAGUGCCUUAUCUCAGCCAGGCAUUGAACCAAUACUCUCCAAAUCAAUAUUGUACUUCUAAUAGUUUAGUUUGUUUUUAAUAAAUAGAGUACACUACUGUAUAGGUAGUGCCAUAUUUUUGUCUUACAUGUGGGGAAAUAUGAUUUUUCCUAAGUGCUGGGGUAUCUUCUUCCCAGUUGCUAGAUAUGCUGGUGAGAAAUAUAGUUUUAUGUGGAAAAUGGAUACAUUUUUACUCUUUGGCAGCUCAGAUGGUGUAAAUUUUAAAAUUUUGUAUAGGAGUUUCAUAACAAAAUGGUGUAUUUCAUUUUUAAAAAGAAAUUUAUCUUAAUCGGUACAUAUUUUAGUAUUUGUGGAAGAGAACGUGAGUUUCAUGGACAGUUGUAUUCAUUUGUUUGUACUGCCCACUUGUGCCUUAAUGUGUGUUAUAUGUCAGACUAGUCUUAAAAGAAAACAGAAUCCUUGGGCAGAGCAAGAUUAAAACAAUGGUGCCUGUUUGGAAGUGUUCAUUUCAAGCAGUAAUUAACUUUUGGGGUAUUUUACAAAAAAGGAAAACUGAUGUUUAUAUCACAGGAUUCAAAUUUGUGAAGCACAACUGUUUAUUUUAUUGUAUGCUGAGUUGAGAUUAAUGAUCAGACUGCUACUGUUUAUUACACAAUGCACUCACACUUUAACUUAAUCAUAAGGAAACCUCUUGUUUUGGAUGCAAUAAUGGAUUGCAGUCAAUAGAAACUCAUGCUCCCACUUUUAAAGUUGAAUGUGCCAUUUGUAAAAUAAACAGAACAAAAUGCACACUAGACUUUCAGAAGCACAGUAUGGAACUAGUUUUAUGUAUGACACAAGAAGAGUGAUAUUCUUUUAAAGUGCUUUGCAGGUUUUAUAUCUAUAUAUAAAACCCCAAUAAAAUAAAAAUAUGAAAGCUUCAGUAGCUUUUUAUUGUAUCAUUAAAAUUGCUAUGAUAAAUAUUAGAAUUGACUUUAUCUGUACAUUUUAUUUGUGCUACAUCUUAAAUUAGUGAACACUGGCUUUAUUAAGUUAAGUAAACUCUGUUAAACUGAAUGUAAUACUGUGGAAAAGUACCAGUUUUAACAUACUUUGGAGAAAGUAGUCUCUCAAAUGCAGUGCAAGUACAACACGAACAGGUGCAUUGUAAGGUUUCUCACAUUGUCACUGUUAAUGUUCCUGGACUGUGGCAUACAGAUGAGACCAAUUGUCUCCAUAUAUAUUAAAUUCUUGGAAUUUCUGCUGAGACUUGAAACAAUGUUGUCAGUUUUGAUUGUAUCUAUAUUGUGUGUCUGUGUCCACUAGGAACUGGGCCAAGACUGCUAACUUAUUCCAUGUAGACAACUGAAUAGCCUUUAGGUUCAGAACAAAGGUUUAAUAUACCUAAUGGGUUCAGGUGCAAGUCGAUAACUGAAAUGAACAGACUCAAAUUGGAUCAAAAUAAAUGUGUUACUUCAAGUAA